AAUUUUUUGCUUUAUUGCUGUGUUUUAUAUUAGGUGUGGUAUUUGUUUGCCAUUACUUCCAAGUGCAUGCCGAUGAUGAGAGGCGAUAGAGACAUCUUUUCUUGAUUUUGGGGUGAUGCCCAACCUAUGCAGAGCAGAUGCUGUGCUACAUUGCGCGUGCCUUGUGAAUAGCCCUGCCUGUGCAGUCUAAUGAAUGUCUCGGAUUUGGAACAGUAGCGCAGCAGCAGCACAGCCCUUUUCACACAACUGGACCUGCAUCAUCGCAGUCAAAGCCACUGCACAUCGACUCUGUGAAAUUAUUUCUAUUAACCGUCUACCCCGUUGUUUCCAAAUCUGCAUUGCCAGAUUGCGCGGCAGAUGGGCCAGCCUCAUCCUACUAGGUAAUCUCGGUUCCCUGCUCUGGAUGACAGCUUACUUUGCGCGCGGAGGGUGAGCCAUUUAUCGACAGUGGUUUGUACAUUCUUGGCUCCAGCUC